AUGUCCGACUACAACCUCCAGGAGGAGCUACUCUCCCUCACAGCCGACCCCUCACUCUACCCCAUCAACAAUGAGCUCGACAUCCCAGACCUGUCCUCUAGUGCUAUUGACGUGCAUCUCUCGAGCGCGAUCGAGGCAGUAGUCAACGACCCCGACUCUAUCCUGCACUCUCCCGGCGAGACACUUGAUGUGUUCACCUCCGUGCUCAAGCACGCCGACGCGCCGGGCGUCGACGGCAACGUGCUCCAGAAGACGCUGGACGCUAUUUGCUCGGGCCUUACCCACCACUCCAACGCCGUCAUGGUCCUUGUCGCCCCCGGCCAAGACGACAUUGACGCGCCGCUCCAGCACAAACAGCAGCUCGAGCAGUGGGCUUUCCUUCUCCAGUGGUUUGUCGCCGUCGCCGAGCGCGGCGCCGGUCGUGCCCCUGGUGAUGAAGCCCCCACCGCCAAGAAGACUAAGAACAAGAAGCGUCCCACCCCCGGUAUGCCCACCUCGUUUGCUUGGGCAGACCACCUGCCGCUCGUACUCGGCACCAUGCACCGCACCCUCCGCGUCCCGACGUCGCGUAUCUGGCGCACCUCGUCAGAGCGUGAGGCAUUCGUCUCGUGCUUUACAAAGUCGGUGUACCAGCUCGCCGAGGUUGAGGCAUACCUCAAGGUCCAGGAGACUCGGCUCGGCAUGUACAAGGUCAUCUGCCUGGCUGUCAAGUUCCAUGGUCACGCGUUUGGUGCCCAGACCUCGAUUGUCCAGAACCUCACCUACUUUGAGCACCUGUCCGAGCCAAUGGCCGAGCUCCUCGCCAUUCUCGAAAAGGAGUUUGACUACCCUCAACUUGCCGAAGAGGUUCUGCGUGACGUUGCAGGCAAGACAUUCUCGCAUAGUGACGCCAAGGGACCUCGUUCCUUUUCACGAUUCCUCGUCCGACUCGCCGAGCUCUCGCCCCGUGUCGUCGGCAAGCAGAUGCCCCUUUUGCUUGCUCACCUCGACAGUGAGGCCCACCCCAUGCGCAUGGCCAUCAUUGAGAUUAUCGGUCUCCUCAUCCGUGAUCUUGCCAUGUCCGAGGAAGGAGAGGACGAGCAAAAGACCAAACAGAUCAAGGGCUUUUUCGACCUACUCUUUGAGCGUUACCUGGACCUCAACUCUUACGUUCGCUCCAAGGUCCUCACCACCUUGACCAAGCUCUGCGAUCUCCCUGUUAAGUUCCCCAAGCAGCGUUCCAAGAUUGCCAAUCUCACUAUCCGGACGCUCGAAGACAAGACAUCGUCCGCCCGUCGCUACUCGAUCCAGCUUCUCUGCAAGCUCCUCGAGACCCACCCCUUCGGUGCCCUCCACGGUGGUACACUCAACCUCCCCGAGUGGCAGGAGCGCUACGACAAGGUCUGCGCUGAGCUCGAAAAGGUCGACACUCAUGAGAUGGAGACUGCUCGUCGCGAUGCGGGAAUGGACGAUGACGAGGACAAGGAGGAUGAAGAGGAUGACGAGGAGGACAAGGAGGACAAGGAGGACAAGGAGGACAAGGAGGAGGAGGGCGAGGACGACGACGACGAUGAAGAGGAUGAGGAGGAGGAGGAAGAGGGUGCGGCAGAUGGUGAUGAGGAAGCCGAAGACGGCGACCGGACUCAGGGCUCAAUCAAGAAGACCCAAAAGUCCAAGAAGGCCAAGAAGAGCCGCAAGCCUCGUCCCUCGCAGCUCGACGUGGCCGCCAUCGAGGCUGAGCAGUCGUCCAUGGACCCCCAAGCGAUCAUGCGCCUGCGCCUCACCAAGAAGUACUACUCGGACGCUCUGCGUUUUAUCAACCAGAUCGAGUCUGCCAUCCCCACCCUUUGCCAGCUCCUCGUCUCGACCAACAAGACCGAGGUACUCGAGUCGAUGCGCUUCUUCCGCACCGCCUACGAAUACAACAUUGCAUCGGCUGAGCAGGGCAUCAAGACCAUGCUCCACCUCAUCUGGACCAAGGACAACAAUGCCACCACCGACGAGGGCAUGGAUGGUCGCUCUAUCCGUGGUAACCUCAUCGACGUCUACCGGUCCCUCUAUUUUGACGUCGUUCCCGACCUUGCCCCUAAGCAGCAGGUCAACCGUAUCGCCAAGAACAUGAUUGAGCGUACCUAUGGCGCCACCCUUGCCGAGCUCACCUCACUCGAGGAGAUGAUGCGCACUAUGAUGGUCGACGGUGGCGUCCACCCCGACGUUGUCAACAAGCUGUGGCAGGUUUACAGCACCGAGCAGGAGAUUCCCAAGCCUCAGCGCCAGGGAGCCAUCAUUAUCCUCGGCAUGCUUGCCCUGGCCAAGCGUGAGGUCGUCACCGAGCGUGUCGACUCGCUCCUCAAGAUUGGUCUCGGCCCCCACGGUAUGAACGACUUGGUGCUCGCUCGCUACACCUGUAUCGCGCUCCAGCGUCUCGGUGGCAGCGCCAAGAAGGUCAAGGGUUCGCUCCAGGAUAAGACCAUGCGUCUUCCAAUGGAUAACCCCGUGUUCCUCAAGCUCGAGAACAUUAUCAAGAUCUCGUCUCGAUCUCCCCAGUGGUUUGGUAUGGCCGAGCAGGCCAUCAACACCAUUUACCUUCUUGGACAGCAGCCCGACGCUCUCUGUGGCUCAAUCAUCAAGGACCUCACGGCCAAGGUGUUUGCUACCAAGGCUCCGGUUGCUGCCUCGCAGACGAGCGAGAACGUCGACGACGAGUCUCAGCAGGAUGCCCCACCAUCGCCCUCCCCUCAGGUUCGGACGCACUCGCGCACUUCGUCCCAGACCUCGUCGAUGCAGGUCGAAGCCACCCCUGCCGAGCCCAAGCCUGACGAGGUCAGCGCGUUCGCCCUUGCCGAGCUCCUGUUUGUCGUUGGUCACGUUGCCCUCAAGCACAUCGUCUACCUGGAGCUCGUUGAGCGCGAGUUCAAGCGCCGCAAGGACGAAAAGGCCAAGGAAAAGGCUGCCGCCAAGCCGGGAGACAAGGACGGCAAUGACCUCGACGCCGUGGCCGGUAACGCCGAGGACGACAUUGGCGACCUCAUUGCCAACAUUCGCGAGCGCGAGCUGCUGUACGGCGACAAAAGCCUGUUGUCUGUCUAUGGUCCCCUGAUUGUCGCAAUUUGUGCCAGCCCCAAGCGCUACAGGUUGCCAACUCUGCGCCAAUCGGCCAUCCUUGCUCUGACCAAGUUUAUGUGUGUCUCGGCUCAGUUCUGCGAGGCGCACCUGCUCCUCCUGUUCAAGAUCCUCGAGACCAGUCGCGACCCUGUGGUCAGGAGUAACAUUGUCAUUGCCCUCGGCGACAUUGCAGUCUGCUGGGGCAGCAUGAUCGACGACAACUCUGAGCGCCUGUACCAGGGCCUCACCGACCCCGACCCGAUUGUCAAGAAGAACACGCUAAUGGUGCUCACCCACCUUAUCUUGAACGGCAUGAUCAAGGUCAAGGGCCAACUCGGCGAGAUGGCCAAGUCCCUCGAGGACCCGGACCAGCGCAUCUCCGACCUUGCCAAGCUCUUCUUCACCGAGCUCAGCACAAAGGACAAUGCCCUGUACAACAACCUGCAAGACGUUAUCUCGCACCUGUCCAUUGGCACCCACGCCGUCGACGAGGAGGCGUUCGAGCGGACCAUGCGCUUCAUCUUUACGUUUAUCGAAAAGGAGAAGCAGGCCGAGGCUAUUGUCGAAAAGCUCUGUCAGCGUUUCCGUCUCGCCACCGAGGAACGUCAGUGGCGCGACAUUUCGUUCUGUCUCUCGCUCCUGCCCUUCAAGUCGGAGCGCUCGAUGAAGAAGCUCAUCGAGGGUCUGCCGUUCUACCAGGACAAGCUGCACGAGGAGACCGUCUUCCGCCGCUUCAGCGAGAUUCUUGCAAAGGCCCGUUCCAACAAGAGCGCGGGCAAGCCCGAGACCGAGCUCAAAGAGUUCGAGGCCAUUCUCACCGAACACCAGGCCAAGGGACUCGAGGAACAGGCGCUCGAGGCCGACGUUCUCAAGAAGACCAAGGCGGCCAAGCGCCGCGCUGCACGACGAAUGGGUGGUGGCGCGGCACCCCAGGUUGCUGCCGAGCGCGUCGAGCGGCCACAACGCAGCGGUCGGGGGACUGGUAGGAGACGCGUGGUCGAGAGCGACGAGGAUGACGACGAGUAG